AUGUCUCCACUUUCUCAUUUAAUUAGAAUAAAUUCUAUUAUUACAAACUCUCAUAUUCAAUUUUCGAAAUCAUUAUCACAUAAUCAUUAUACUACUAAAAGUACAAAAUAUAAUAAUGAUAAUAUUCAUGGUCACAUAUUAUAUUAUUUAAAAGAAGAUAAAUUGAGUUCAAAGGAUUUUGAUUGGGGCAAUAUAGAUGAAAGAAAAAAGAAUAAUUUAAGAAAAAAAAUUCAUCAAACGAAUAAGAAAAGAUUAUUUAUUAAACGAAAUAUUAUUCAAGUUAAUUUUGAUGCAUUGGAAGAUUUUACGGAAUGGCUUAGUAAUCUUCGAUUUAAGAAAUGGGCUCCUAUGUUUGAAGGGAUGAAAUGGCAAGAUAUAAUUCAAUUAAAUGAUGAGCAAUUAUUGGAAAAGGGCAUUAAAACUUUUACCGUUAGAAGCGAAUUACUUUAUUAUUUUAAUAUUAUUAAAGCAGCAAAGGCUGAGAAAGAUGCCAAAAAAGAAAGUUCCGGAAUUUCUGUAACAAAGGAUGAUAAAGAUAAGGAUUAA